CAGUGCCUUGACGUCUUGCGCCUCGAAUUUCCAGCUGAACGCAACUAAUUCACCUCCACUCCACUUCCACAACAACCUAACUUCACACCACAACACACUCCACGAAUACCCUACCUGUACAGAACUCUCGACCACACAUUCACCAUGAGUGCGCAACCGAAAGACACCACCGACGCAAAGGUCGGCUCCAAGACUUUGACGCCCGAAGUCACCUGGGCACAACGCUCGAGCGCGUCCGAGGCAGAGAAGAACCACAUCUUCCUUGCCAUUAACGUGCCAGAUGUCGACCCAAAGAAGAUCAAGCUCGACAUCCAGCCCUCAUCCCUCACCUUCAGCGGCUACUCCGAAUCCAAGAAGGCCGACUACGGCGUAACACUCGAAUUCUUCGCCGAAAUCGACCCCUCCGCCUCCAAGAUCCACCACUCUCCACGUGCCAUCGAGCUCGUUCUACAAAAGAAGGAACUGAAGGCAGAGUACUGGGAUCGCCUACUGAAGGACAGCAAGAAAGUUCACUUCCUCAAGACCGACUUCGACAAGUGGGUGGACGAGGACGAGCAAGACGAAGUCGCAGAUGAUGAUGACUACAUGUCGCGCAUGGGAGGCAUGGGCGGAAUGGGUGCCGACGGCGGCUUUGGGGGCAUCGACUUUUCGAAACUCGGAGGCGCAGGUAUGGGCGGCAUGGGAGGUGACGACGAUGAAGACGCCGAAGAUGAUGAUGAAGAGAUGCCAGAACUCGAGGGUGAAGAUGAUGCGAAGGAGGGAGCUGCGGGUGCGGAUAAGGGUAAGGCUAAGAUCGAAGAGGUUGCAUAAGCUACAACUCUUCGAACCACACCGUAAAAAAAAUGCGCUGUAUGAGAGAUGAUGCAUGAGGCAACGAUCGGCAAGGUCUCGAUGGAUAGCGCUAGGCACUCUCAGCACCACCACGAAUCGCAUCGAUUCCGUUUCCUUGGCCGCAAAUCGUUGUGGCCACGCGGAUCGAACGAGAAAGACCGACCUCGCCUACCAUUUCCAAGACGACCAUUGCAUAGCGAAGUUCGGCGCAAUGUUGUAAUAAUGCUUAGACGACGAAGUUAGGCAUAAAACGUACAUACAAGACGCUUCGAAAAACAUGCAAAAGGACGGAAUUUCAAUCCUUCUCCCUGAUAGGUCCGUCAAAGAAAAAAACAUUUGCCAUUCUGCUGACUGGUUCUCACGUAUCGAACCGUGUACUCUACCUAACCACAUUCUUUCCAUCCUCCCUAUAAAGCGCCUCAAUCCCAUCCGUCGGCUGCGAAGCAAUCCUCCCAUCAUUCGAAUUCGUCCUCUCCACAUCCAAACCUCCCUCCUCCUUCACUUUCCUCCCCUCCUCAAACUCAUCACUACUAUCCGUCGCUCUCCCAGCUUCUACACCCUGCGAAACUCUCAC